AUGAUUAAGCAAUAUUUGUUCCGCCCUCACUGGUCUGCUUUUGUAAUAAGUCGUAAUAUGUGUAAAGUGUCUUCUGACGAAGUUAAGCCUUCAAUUGCUUCAUUAUCUGCACGUUAUAAACCCACGGAAUUACAAAAGUUUAUUUUAGUUUGGACAAAAAAGUUCAAGACAAAAAAUGAAAUCCCAAAAUACGUUUCAGCUGACCUAAUAGAUAGGUCUCAGAGUGAAGCUAGGAUAAAAUUGUCCAACAUUCUAAUAGUGCUAACAGCAUUAGCUAGUUUUGGAGCAAUCAUGGCUGGGAAAGCAGCAGCAAAGAGAGGUGAAUCAGUUCAUCAAAUGAAUCUCGACUGGCAUAAAAAGUAUCAAGAGGAAUACAAAGAAAAAAAGGCAGUUGAAGUGGAUUCUGUAAAAUAG